ACAGAUAGAGCAGAAUUCACCUCGUCAGCCUCCUAGUAUUCGAUAACGAGGUGAUCAUCUGUAGCUCACCACUGCUCAAGGCCUUGGGCAUCUCUAUAAUCAAAUCUUUGCACAGGCCCUUGAUUAAUUCCAUGGAAGAGAUUUCCAGUUCUGAGUCAAGGCUAUGAACACUUUAAGGUUUUUGAUGAUGAUUGAAGUUCUGUUUGUGAUGCUGGAAUUCAGGGGCUCCUCAAAGAUGAGUGGAGAAAAUGUUCUCACGGCUUUGAAGUCAACUGUAACUCUUCCUCUCUCUCUAACCGGUUUGCAGAAAUAAGGCCAACCACCUCUUACACAGUCCUUAACUGGGCACUGGGCCUACCUAAAAGUCUCGCUCCUCUUAGCUUUCUUUUCACAAGAGAAAAUUGAGGCCUGUGGGAUGCAGCAGAUCUGGGUUCGUGAGCUCCACAGCUUGGCUCCAGGGUCUACAUCUGGUUCUGGGAAGUUGGAUGAUUCUGUCUCCAAAGACAUCAUUAAUGUCGUCCCCUUUUGUCCUCUUCACCCUCAGCUCACUAAUGUCACACAUCACCGUCACCUAACUGGCCUUCCAUUUCCAGUCUUGUCCCUCUCAGUCUGUCCUCUGCUCUGAAGCUGGAAUGCCAUUUGAAACAUGGAAAUAGUAACACAGAUCAGACCACCUCCCCGAAAGAAAUUCAGAUGCUUCCUGAGCUUCAAGCCCUUCCACCUCCUGCCCUUCUCCGGCCGCACUUCUUCAUUGCUCAUCACUCAUUACACCUCUCCUUGCCUCACUAGCUCCAAGUGCCACGAGGUCAAAGACGGGUUGAUUUUGCCCACUGAUGAAAUGCCUUGCACAGCGCCUGGCAUACAGUAAGCACUCAAUAACUAUGAAUGAAUGAAUGGUCCACUGAAUAAAGCACUGGCACAGACCUUUGAUCAAGUGCUUCUGUUAGGGCUGAGCCAUCUUAUCUUGCUUAUCCUCAUUUCCUUCUUCCCUGUGUGGUGCAGUGACCGAGUUUCUAGAAGAAAACCAGGACGCCAUGGGUGAGAGAGUAAGUAGGUUCUGCUCCAGGUGUCAGGUCAGUCAGGGGAGAUGAGGCCAUAUCAGGGGUCCAAGGGACUCACAGCCCCCAAAGCUGCCCUUGCAUAGUUCCCAGGUUCCUACCAUUAGAUUCUUAUGGCUGUAAAGAACCAGUAAAAGGAGAACACUUCUGCCUAGCCAACAGCACACACCCGGCUUGUGGGCUAAGUGGAUGCUGUUGUGUUUCUGUGACAGCAGCAUGGUGGUGGACUUGGAAUCCAAAGACUCGGGUCCCAGUGUCACCAGAACCAGCUAGGUGGCUUGGGGUGAGUCACUUAUCUCCAUCUGCAAAGUGAGUGUUAGGAGGGAGAAGUGGUUUUUAAACCUUCCCCCACCAAAAAAACUCAGCUAUUUAAAUAAUUGAAAGGACCAAGAUGAGAAACAGAUAACAAGCCAAGCAUUUCCAUUUGAAACAGGGAAGCAGGGCUGGGGCUGCUCCCUUCUGACUGCUCUCCUGAAGUCCCCAAGGCUGGCAGGAUGGCCAGCUGUGGGACUCGAAGAUCUCAGCGCUGGCUGGCUGUGUUCUAAGAACAAAGCAGAAGGCAGCCAGGUUUGCAGGCCGUGUGGGCACGGUAAGAGAUCAGGAGAGGACAAGGGGGCCGGAGGAGGCUGGCGUGCAGAGUUUUAGACCGUGAACCAGGUGAAUUUUGCAGCAAUAGAAGCACAGGACAGGCAGCCCUUUUGUGCAAGGAAGAGAUUCCGGCCAUUUGAGAAAAGAAAUGAGGAGAGAGGAAGCCCGGACGACUCACUUACCCUUUCCAUGAUCCAGAAAGGAAAUCGCCACCCCUGCCUUUCCAGGCCAGGGACCUCAGGUCUGGGAAGAACCGCCCACAAUCACGCAGAUACUUGGCUUCCAAGUUCAAUUGGUUGCCACGUCCCAGGUGUGUGUGGGGGGAAACUCGGUCCCCAACCUCCCAGCCGCCACCUAGCAGCUCUCUGGCCUUGGCACCAGGCAGGUGCGCUCAACAGGCUGCAGCCUGGGCCACCUGGCAGCUCCAGGUGCUGUGAUCUUGCUGCCAUGGAGACGGCCCUGGGCUUGGUGGUGAGAAGGCAGUUUCCCAAAGCUUUGUGGAUUCAGGAGAGGGAGAGACCAGAACCUCAGGCACUUGUGAGUAUUCUGCCUGAUCCCGCUGCAGCCUGCACAAGCCCAGGACUUCCCCUGUGAGGCCUCCCAGUGUGGUCUGAGGAUGGCCGAGCCCCAGGGCCGGGAGCCUGAGGCUGAGUGUCCUGUCUGCUGGAACCCCUUCAACAACACGUUCCAUACCCCCAAAGUGCUGGACUGCUGCCACUCCUUCUGUGUGGAAUGCCUGGCCCACCUCAGCCUGGUGACUCCAGCCCGGCGCCGCUUGCUGUGCCCGCUCUGUCGCCAGCCCACCGUGCUGGCCUCGGGGCAGCCCGUCACUGACUUGCCCACGGACACUGCCAUGCUAAGCCUCCUCCGCCUGGAGCCCCACCACGUCAUCCUGGAGGGCCGGCAGCUCUGUCUCAAGGACCAGCCUAAGAGCCGCUACUUCCUGCGCCAGCCUCGGGUCUACACACUGGACCUAGGCCUCGAGCCUGGGAACCAGACUGCACCUUCCCAGGACACUGCCCCGGCCACCAGGCCUAUGCCCAUCCCCAUCCCCAGCCACUAUUCUCUGAGGGAGUGUUUCCGCCACCCUCAGUUCCGCAUCUUUGCCUACUUGAUGGCUGUCAUCCUCAGUGUCACUCUGCUGCUUAUCUUUUCCAUCUUUUGGACCAAGCAGUUCCUUUGGGGCGUGGGCUGAGCACUCUGUUUCUGGACAAGGAACCAGGCCUUUCUCAGUGGCUGCUGGGGCUGGGGACGCAGAGCCUCAUUUGGUAUUGUCUUCCUUUGUAGUAUUUUAUGAUCCAGAGAUCGGUUAGGCCCUGUUUGCUUCUGGGAGCAGAGAAGGCCCUACCGUGGGCCCAUGUGGGCGGGGUUGGGGGAUGAAGCUGAAGGGCUGGGAGGCAUGCAGAGCUCUGAGUGUGAACCAGGAGUUGUAUGGCUAUAGAGCCACAUAACAAGUUGUGCCAAAGGACUGGACAAUGGUAUCCAGCGAUCUGACUAGUCCAAAUAGCAAGCUGUAGCUCUCCCUGGAGCUGUUUUUCCCUCAGUUCAUGUUUUAUUUUUUAUUUUAUUUGCUCUUUUCAUUAUGUGUUGCUAAAAUGUUUGGAAAGUAAGUUUGAAUUCUGUGAGAAAAUGUGCUUGUCUCCCCUUUUCAGCUUUCUCCUUGGAUGUCUUUCCACCAGUCCCAGUAAAAAAUGGUCUGCAUUCCUUAAUUCCUUCAUUUAUUCAUUCUACAACCAUUAAUUGGGCAGGUGCUGAGUGCAGAAGGGAAGAAAAGUGUAAGAUUACCCACUGGUGGCUGAUGGCCCCCAGCAGCAGGGAAGACGCACUGUCAGCUGCUUCUUACACAGGACAACCUCUUGUCAGUGUGCAGUUCAUGGAGUGUUGGGAGAUAAGAGUCUAAAGGUGAAAGAAGCCAAGAUCAGUGGAUUAGGAAUCUGGGAUUUGGGCUGGAGUUGUAGUUCAGUAGUAGAGCAUUUGCCUAGCAUGUGUGAGGCACUGGGUUUGAUCCUCAGCACCACAUAAAAAUAAAUUAAGGA